CACACAGUGUGGACUGAUACUUAGAAAACAAGACAGCACGUAUAUAUUACGUUACACUUUCUUUAUCCGGUCACACAAUGUAGAUUGAUUGCUUAAAUGUUCAAGUGACAAGACAAUAGGUAUCUCUUACACCAUUUGUUCACACACAAUACAGAUAAGUACGUUAAAGUUUUGAUUAAUUUGGUGUGAGAGGGGAGGGAAGUUAUUCUAUAAUAUAUAUUGAUGUGCGUAGUAUAUAGAUUAAGAAAUGUUAUAUAAUGGAUAAAGAAGAUUUUCUAAAGCAGUGUGCAAAAACACUAAACAUCAUCUCCAAAGAUGAGCUUUAUGCUGUAUUUCCACCAAAAGAAUCUAAUGAAAAGACAAUACAAUGCUGGCUACAACUUAUACCAUCCGCCAUGAUGAAACAACUUGAAUUAGCUCUGGCACAGGAGUUAUGUUUCUUAUCCAAUGAUUUGAUAACUGAGCAUUUUGUUGAAAAGAACUCACAUCUCACAGAUCACAGUCAGCUUACUAUUCUUUAUAGUAUUUUGGUGUAUGCUUUAGAAUGGGAUUGCUACAAAUUGGCAUCAGCAAUCGUCUUUCUGGUAGAUCGGGCUUCCUACAGAUAUGGUAAUUCAAAACAACUGAUGAAUAUAGUCGACUUCAUCUGGCAGAUGGAACCAGAUACAAGAAUAGUACCGCAAGUCAUAGUACGUCGAGCCAGGUUAAUGAAAGACUCUGGAAAUUUGCACGGCGCCAUGCAGAUUCUUGAUGCGCUCGUUAAGAAGCAAGUAUAUAAGUGGGAUUAUAAGAGUGAGAUAGAGUCCACCAGAGUGACGGCAACCUGUAUACAGAUUAAAGGACAGAUAUAUCAUAAUUUAGGUUUAUGGAAAGAUGCCAUGCCGUAUUUAGUGGAAUCCGCAGAACAACUCAUGUCUAUUAAAGAUUACAAAGGAGUGAGUUAUUCACAUGGUUUGAUUACAAAAUGUCUUCCUAAGUUGACAAUGGACGAGUAUGAUGCAUUAAAAGUUAGGCAUCCAUCAUUCUUCGAGAAGCAUAAUCCAUGUUACGAAGGCUAUAGAAUAAGUGUAAUGAGUGUUGAAUUGUUGGAGAAGUUAAAGAAUAUUGAUCAUUUGUUUUCAGCAAAACAUCAGCUAUCCGGGAAUGAAUGUCUAUUAAUGUAUGCCGAUCAACAGACGGUGGUAUUGGAACGAUACAGCUAUUAUCAGACCAUUAUUGCUGAUAUGAAGAAAUGUUUAGCCCUGCACGAUGAUGCCAAUUUACUAAAGGGAAUAGAAAGCUUUUAUGAGUUCAUCAAAGCUGUUUUUAUGAUCAGUCAAACCCUUUCAUUCUCUAGGCUCCCACAAGAUAGAAGCUUAUCUCGAUAUCUUGAACAGCUUAGUAUUGAACUAUACGCCCACUUGUGCACAUGCCCUGAUGAUCGUAAUUUGGAUCACAAUAAACAUUCCGUCAAGUUGAUGAAUGGGGCUUUAAAUAUCCUCGGUCUUCCUACCCUUAGAGGCACAGACAGUUUCAUGCAGAAAGAAACACCGGUCAAUGAUACUAAAAUGGUGGAAGAUAAUUUGAAGAUUCAAGUUAUGACUGUGUCUUUACACAAUGAAAGCCGUCACGCAACAACAAGUGAUUCGCUAUCGCCAUCAGCACAGCUGUCUACAAAUAGUGACAAAUUAUUUCAAACAAACUUUCCCAGAAAAUUUGUUGGUCUGAGUGUAAAUCCUCACACAUUUUGUUCAUCUGAUGAUUUUAAAGAUGAUUUUGAUGGUGGUUAUCAUGAUAUGCAGCCCCGGAUUUCUCAAAGUCUUGUGGAUAUUUCAUGGAAAACUGUAUCUGGAAGUAACGGAUACGAUCCAAGGAAUUUACCUAAUGUAGCCAAUUUGGGAAUCAAAUCCAAUGAAAGGGAAUCAUCCGAGAUAACAUCACUGAGAUCCGAGCCUGGAAUAUCAACAGAAUCUCAGUCCAUAUUUUCAGGUUCCACUGCGAGUCUGUUUUCAGCUGAAACCACUGAAGAACACUGUACUGACGAUGAUCAUUUGGAACCAUUAAUUGAUAUCUCAUCACCGAAAGUACAUGAACAGUUUGAGGAGCUUCAACUUGGAACCAGCUCUUCUACUGAUUCCUCGUCUAGUUCUCUAGAUUAUCUUUUAAACUGGCAACUGCCAAAUAUAGACGUUUCCAGUCAAUCAGCUAAUAUAUCAAGAGCUCACAUAUUAACCUAUAAUCCCGUGAACAAUGAAUGGAAGUCAAACAGUACAUUAGCUUUUAUAGGACCAGAAUUACAGCUGGGCAAUAUGAAAGGCAGUUUCCGCGACGUGUUUGAUGUAAAAUUCUUACAUCAAGAUGAGCCGCUUGGAAGGUAUGUAUGUAAAAGAUACAGACGCCAGAAAAGCCCGGUUUGCUAUAUGCAGGACAUAAUUUGUCAAAUGGUAGCUGGUUACUAUGUCACCAUGUUCAAUGAAGCUCUGGCCAAUCAUCGCACUAAAUUCAGUGUACAAUUUCUGCCGGUAGCGCAUCUUCAACUUCUAACUUCAAACGGUGUUCUCAAAGAUUGGGUAAACGUAGAACCAUUCUUACACGGCCAGUUUAACAAACUAACCAACAAUUUGAGCUAUGUUAACAAAGCGGAAGCUGAUAUAGAAUCGACGGAUCUAGCUACUGCACUUUCUCAUUUUUCCUACGUGAAGAGUAACGGUACCCUAAUGAUAGUUGAUAUACAGGGUUGGUUACCUGUCAAUGAGAGUGGUAUCAUCUAUCUAACAGAUCCGCAAUUUCACACUUCAUGCAGUGUCCAAAAGUUUAGCAAUUGUGAUCACAAGGAGAAAGGAAUGGACAAAUUUUGGAAACAAGUUCAUGAAAAGUGCAAUGGUAUUUGUCAGCUACUCAAUUUGGAGCGACCGAUAACAACAUAAGCUAUCUUAUAUAGCUAUCCAUCAUCGAUAAGAAAUUAUAUUUAUAUAUUCAUCAAUAUAUAUCUAUCCAUGAUAUAUAAAAGCACUGUAUGUAUUCAUAGACAGAACACAAUUUUUAUGGGAUACAAUCACUGUUUUUAAAGCUCAUAUUUAUGUUUUCAUGUUAUGUUAUUGUAUACGCAAGUCUUAAACAGAGUAAACACUUUACACAUAGUUAUUUCCCUUUGAUCAAGAUCAAUCGGAAGUCCUCGGUAAUUUUCCGGAAGCCGUCACAAAAAUGUUUUGAAUUUGGGUAAUGAGAGAUUAUUUUUUGUCCCAUCCGUAAAACACUUCCUGUUUGUCAAAAAUGACCCAAUUUAUAUUUAAUAAAUAGAUCCACGGAGACUAACCACAUCUACGUAGGCCGAAUGUUUGCACCAUGUACAGUUUUGGCUGCACAAACUGACUAAAUCCCCCCCCCCCCCAAAAAAAAGCCGUCAGAUUUGUUAAAUAUAUAUUUGUUUAAUUCAAUUGAAUUUUAAUACAAAGAUAAAAUUUAUUUUAGUGAAUCAAAAAAAUAAUCUACAUUUACAUCUCAUUAUAGACAUACAACGAUAAAUAAUUCUUGAACAAUAUAUUGGUUAUUAUGAUCUAGCAUUAAAUAAAAUAAAUUGAAAGUAGUCUUUUU